AUGGGUAAAGAUUCCAUCUCUGACGCUAUAGUGCAGCCUGUGGCUGACCAGCUUAACAAAUUGACCGGCUCUACGCCUCCUCCUCCUGAACCUGUCAAGAAGGGUAUCCAGCUUUACUCCAAGGAGUACUAUGCUGCUUGUACUUUGGGAGGCAUUGUCGCCUGUGGCCCUACCCAUUCGGCUGUGACGCCUCUUGAUGUGGUCAAGUGUCGUCGUCAGGUGGACCUGGCGCUUUACAAGUCGAACAUUGACGGGUGGAAGAAGAUUCUUAAGACCAAGGGUGAUUCUAUCUUUACUGGUGUGGGAGCCACUUUCAUCGGUUACGCUUUGCAAGGUGCCGGUAAGUACGGUUUCUACGAGUACUUUAAGAAGUCGUAUAGUGACGCUGUGGGGCCAGAGAACUUUGCUAAAUAUAAGACACCUGUGUUCCUUGCUGCCUCUGCUUCUGCUGAGUUCCUUGCUGAUAUCAUGUUGUGUCCAUUUGAAACCAUCAAGGUGAAGACCCAAACGACUAUUCCUCCUUAUGCUAAGAACGUCGGUGAAGGUUUCUCUAAGAUCUUUAAGGCUGAAGGCUUCAACGGUUUGUACAAGGGUAUUGGCCCAUUGUGGGCUAGACAGAUCCCUUACACUAUGGUGAAGUUUAGUUCUUUUGAAAAGUGUGUGGAAUUGAUCUACCAGUACCUCGGAAAGCCUGCUUCUGCUUACACUCCAGUCCAACAGACGGGUGUGUCUUUUGUUGGUGGUUACAUUGCCGGUAUUGCUUGUGCUGUGGUUUCCCAUCCUGCUGAUGUGAUGGUUUCCAAGAUCAGUACUAAUAAGGAAGCUUCAGAGAGCUUGGGCCUGGCAUUGAAGAGAAUUUAUGGUGAAAUUGGAUUCCGUGGCGUGUGGAACGGAUUGCCUGUUCGUAUUGUCAUGGUCGGUACAUUGACUGGUUUCCAAUGGUUGAUCUACGACUCCUUCAAGGUCUACGUCGGCUUGCCAACUACAGGCGGCCACUAG